AUGUCGCAGGCAAUUUCCUUCGUCCUCCUCGCUGGGAUAGUAGCAGGCAUCGGAAUUGUAAUUGCUUCAUUAGUCCUUAACAUCAUCAUUCUCGGAAAUGUUAACGAUCUCACCACAACAGUCAACAACAAUCCAGUAUGGCACUAUUCUCCAGCUCCACAACAGAACUCUUCCACUGGUACAGUAAGCAACAGUGCUGCUUACCAACAAGCAGCUAAUUAUUUGUUGAAUGGUCUGGAUGAUACUAUCGAUCCAUGUCAAGAUUUUUACGCUUUCACGUGUAACAAGGCUAGUCCUGUUUGUCUAUUGAACUUCGAACAUAGAAAAUUUCAGUUCCUGCAAAACACCGAUCUCGGAAAACUUGGCCGAUCUCGUCUCGGAACUUAUGACCAGGCUCAAAUCGACGUGUACACUGAAAUCGCUGCUGCUCUUGAUAAAAUUGACGUCGCUAGCACCACAACCUCCAAGACCGAGCGGAUUACCAAAGCGGUGAGUAUAUUACGAUUUCAUCACCUCCAAGCAUUUGACACGUGCAGAAAGAAUUUGUUCAACCCACCAGACAAGUCUCAGGUUGUGUAUGAUGAGAUAACCGCUUUGUUCGGAGGAGUUCCAUUUCUCGGAGAGAAGCUCAACCCGAAGAUUGAUUACUGGAUGGUAGCUGGCCAAAUAGAGCAAAAGCACGCUGUUGGAACCCUGACAUAUACCAUUGCUUCUUCGGAUUAUAAGGAUCACACCAAGAAUGCUUUGUACACCGGACCAGUGAGUUUGAAACAGAAAAAUGGGAAAAUUGUUCGAGUUUUUUUUCAGCCGGGACUUUCUCUAGCCAGAGACUUCUACGUUAAGCCACAAUACAUCGCCGAAGUGAACGCUCGUGUUACUAAGGUUAACAGCCUCCUGUCUGCCUUUGCCAAGAAUCUCAAAAAGACCCCUGGAGCUGAUGUUCUACUCAAUGCUGCUCAAGAAGUUGUUGCAUUCGAAGUUCUUAUCGCAAUGGCUUCCUGGCCUGAUGACUUGUUGAGAAACUACCAACAACAAUACAAUGCUUACAACAUUGCUAGUGCUACAGCCGCAUACAGCUCUAUCAACUGGGCUUCGUACCUUGGACAACUUUUCGAUGGAGUCGCAACCGUCAAGGAUCAAGCUAACUACAACAUUGUUGUCACCGAGCCAUCUUACUUUGCCUGGCUAAACAGUGUCUUCGCUGGUCAAACUUCCAAUCAAACUGUUGUUGCCAACUACAUGAUUGCUCAACUUUUGGCUGAUGAGUCUGAUUUCAUCAGUCAAGACACUGCCAGAGUUGCUUCUGAGAACAAUUACAUUCAUUACGCACUUAGAAGCGGACGUGGUAUUGGAAAGCACGGAAAGAGAGACUACAGAAAGAUGGACCUUGAUGGAGCUUCUCAAGGAUGCCUGGAUCUUCUCACUGCCUACAUGCCAUACGGAACUGGAUACGUUUAUGUGAAAUCAAAGGAUCAGAAGUACCAAGUUCAAAGCGACGUCACAAACCAAACUGGUCUAAUCAUUAGCAACUUCCAGAACAUGAUCAAUUCCCUCCAAUGGAUGGAUGACUUCAGUAAAAACCGCGCUCACAACAAAUCUGACUCUCUUAUCAAGAACUUCGGAUGGCCAACUGCCAUGUUCGGUGAUUUCAAGGAUUUCACUGCUGUCGACCAAUACAACCAAGAUUACGCUUCCAUCAUUGAUAUCUAUACCAAGGACAAAUCUGAUAUCUACGGAAUCUUUGCUGUCUUGAAAAAAGGAAUGGAAAGCCAGCAGAUAGGUAUUUUUUUUAACGUAUGCAAAAAAUCAAACUCAAUUUUUAGGACUAACUUCCUCCAAUCCCCAGCAAUGGUCAACGCUUGGUACCAACCAGAGCGUAACUCGAUCACCUUCCCAUAUGCAGCCUGGAACCCACCUUACUACAAUUUCGCCUACCCACAAGCCUACAACUUCGCCGGACAAGGAGGUACCGGAGGUCACGAAUUGACUCACGGAUAUGAUGAUGAAGGAGUACAAUUCGGCUUUAAUGGAGAGCUCACUGAUUGUGCAUGGAACAAAUGCGGAUGGAUGGACACUAACUCAUCUUCAGGAUUCAUUGAUAUGGCUCAAUGUGUUGUUACCCAAUUCAGCACUCAAUGUUGCCCAGAGAAAACUGGAAAUGUCCACUGUGCUAAUGGAGCUACUACCCAAGGAGAAAAUAUUGCUGACUUGGGAGGACAACAAGCCGCCUAUAGAGCGUACCGACAAUAUAUUGCCGAAACAAGAGGAGGAGUCGAGGAGGACAGACUUCCAGGAUUGGAGGCUUACACUCCAAACCAAAUCUUCUGGAUCACUUACGGAUAUUCAUGGUGCAUGAAACAAUCUGAUGCCAACCUGGUUCAUCAGGUAUGCUCCUUUUUCAUUUGUAUUAAUUUAACCAUAAUUUUUCAGCUCCUCACCAACCCCCACUCUCCAGCCAAAUGCAGAACGAACCAAGUCAUGCAAGACAUUCCAGAAUUCGGAAAAGACUUUGGUUGCGCACGUGGAACUCCAAUGUAUCCAGAGCCAGCCAACAGAUGCAAGGUCUGGGUUGGACAAUAA